CACAACACAAUGAGCAAUUUGAACUCAUAGCAACGUGUCUCUCUCUAAGAGGAUCAUAUCUCUCAAAAUUAAUUUCUCUCUUUUUAUACAAAACACGUACAAAAAACAAUGGUUGAUAACAUAAGUCCUUACACAAAUAAAGUACUACUUCCAAACUACAACCUUACAGCAACUUCAUCCUCUUCUCAACAACACCACCAUGGAAACUACAUCUACCAUGAGAGUAACACCAAGAACUCGGCCGAGAACGAAGAUCAACCGUAUAACGAGCACGAAGAUCAAGCCUCGGGGACUAUCAAGGAGCAAGAUCGAUUGCUCCCUAUAGCUAACGUUGGAAGAAUCAUGAAGAAUAUAUUACCUCCUAAUGCUAAAAUCUCAAAAGAAGCUAAGGAAACUAUGCAAGAAUGUGUUUCCGAGUUUAUUAGCUUUGUUACCGGUGAAGCUUCUGAUAAAUGUCACAAGGAGAAGCGUAAAACUGUGAAUGGUGAUGAUAUUUGUUGGGCUUUGUCUUCUCUAGGGUUUGAUGAGUAUGCUGAUCCUUUGAAGAGGUACCUUUAUCGCUACCGUCAAUUCGAGGGUGAAAGAAUUGCUAAUCAAAACAAAGACAAGGAAAUUUUCCAUGGUUGAUCAACAACAACUUAUAUGAGUUACUAGCUCUUGGUAAUGCAUAUUUUGUUUUUGUUUUUGUUUUUUUUUAUUUUAUUUUAUUUUAGCUUGUUCAUGGUUGUUUUAAUUUAUGAGAUCAAAAUAAAAACAAAAGUAGGACCUUUUUAUAAUCUACUUAAUUUGUAAUGGCCAAAUCUGGUACUAGAUCUUGAUUUCUAACUCUUGUGUUGGUUAAUUAAUUUAAACAUUUUCAAAAAUACGGAGUAUACUAAUUUAAUUGCCUUUGUUAGGGCUAUAAGAUUAUACUCCAAUACUGAAUUUAAGAAUUCAUCAAAUAAUUUCGCCUAUGAAAGUAGAUUGUUAUAUUUUGGAUUCAAUAAAAAAAAAUUCUAUUGGGAGGGUAAGCAAUAAGUAGAGAAGUAGGCGAGAUUCAAUCUAAGAUUUUCAAUUUUAUG